UCCCCUCCGCGGACUUUUGGCUUUCUUCCGCUUCGCAGCGACGUCGACAGAUUUGUUGGGCACCGAACCCAUCUCCGACUUCCAUCAAUUUCGCGCCCACAUCGAGGCCCAACGCACCAAUCCUCACAACACGCAAGUGCUCAGUUGCGUUUGGAAGUGAAGGAAGAGGAAGAGGGCGUGAAGGAGGAGGGGGAGGCCACUGAGACGGCGCAGCCGCUGCUGCUGUUGCUUCUGCUCGGCUGGGAAGGAUGGAGGGAGGGGGCGAUGUGGAGAGGAUGCAAGAAGUGGCGCCGGACUUAAACGGGACGCUUGAGGACAACGAUGUAGAUGACGAGGAGCAGCGUCAGCUGGACGCCGUUGAGGACGACGAGCCCCACCCCGACGACGAAGAGGAACGAAACAACAACGGGUUUCAGAACGGAGGGUCGGCAAGAGACUCAAUGGUAGAGAGUGGUUUCAAGGAUUCGCCUCGCGAUUCGCAAGGGAAAGCGUCCGGUUCAGGAGGGAAGAUUUUCAUCGGCGGCUUGUCAUGGGACACUUCUACAGACAAUUUGCAGAGUCACUUCAAAAAGUAUGGUGAGAUCAUCGAUGCGGUCAUCAUGAAAGACCGGUCUACGGGACACCCGCGCGGAUUUGGAUUUGUGACAUUUGCUGAUCCAGCCGUGUGCGAUAACGUUGUGCUGGACAAGCAUGUGAUUGACGGGAGAACGGUGGAGGCCAAAAAGUCAGUUCCUCGUGAAAACAUGGCAGCAAGUAAAGGACCGAAGACUAAGAAGAUCUUUGUCGGAGGCAUUCCUCCUUCUAUUACAGAUGAGGAGUUCAAAAGCUACUUCGCUAGUUUCGGAAGCGUAGUGGAGCACCAAAUAAUGCAAGACCACAGCACCGGUAGAUCGCGUGGUUUUGGCUUCGUGACGUUCGACAGCGAGCAGGUGGUGGAAGACAUUCUUGCUCACGGAAAGAUGCACGAGCUUGGAGGAAAGCAGGUGGAGAUCAAGAAAGCAGAGCCAAAACGACCUAUUCAAGACAGUCCCGGCGGUGGGUACCCAGGCGGCGGCUACCCAGGCGGCAGGGGUGGGGGUUACGGUGCAGGCGGAGUUGGAGGCUAUGCAGGAUACGAUGGUUAUGGAGGAUCUGGCAGUGCUGGGUAUGGAGCUUCAUAUAGGUCGGGUGGGUACGGAGGAAGAGGUGGAGGUUAUGGUGGGGGCUAUGGAGGAGGCUACGGUGGAGGAUAUGGAUAUGGUGGAGGCUAUGGAGGUGGUUUGGGGGUCGGAAGCUACGGUUCAGGUGUGGGAGGUGGAUAUGGGGGCAGUUUAGGGUAUGGCUCUGGCGGUGGCUACGGUUCAGGGAUGAUGGGUGGGUAUGGCGAUGGAGCUGACGGAUAUGGGUCAAUGGGAUACGGUGGAUACAGCGGCACAGGAGGUUAUGGUGCAGGAUAUAGCUCAGGUGGCGGCUAUGGUGGAAGUUACGGUAGCAGUCGUGGUUACAGCAGCAGCAGCGGCGGCGGUGGCAGCAGCCGCGGACGCUAUCACCCAUAUGGGAGAAGCUAGAGUCGCUGUAGAUUCGGGACGUUAGAGACAGUGUCAUAUAUUGCAUAGCGGAGCACACGCGGUUUGUGAAGUUAUUAGUGAAGAAGCAGGCACUGUCAAAGGAACAAGGUCUACUACUGAUGGGGGCUCCUUGCGCUGGAUAGUCGUUUUAACUUGUAAUUUUUGGUGAAGACACGGCGCGUUCAUAUUUAUCAGAGGAGGACAAGUUAGUUGGAAGCUACUAAAAUUUUGUUUCUGUACUUCUGAAGCAUGAAAGAGAUCAAUUACUGUUACAUUC